AUGACAACGGAUCAAAUGCAAUUCUAUCAGAGACAACAACAACAAUCACUCUACUAUCAAAGACAUACACAAGAACAUGGGACGGCAGAACCGGGUCCUUCGAAGAAUAGAUUCCAAUCCUCUGCUAGGGUGAUAGGAGAGGAUGAUGAUAUGUUGGAUGAUGAUGCUAGUAGUACGGAUAGUACGGCCAGUAUUCCAGAUGAGAAUAUAGAUUUUUCUCUCACUUAUGCUCUACGCACUUUCCUUGCAACUGUCGAAGGUCAAGCCUCCGUCGUCAAAGGCGAUUCCCUUCUCCUACUCGACGAUGUCAACUCGUAUUGGUGGCUCGUACGUGUACUCAAAACUGAAGAUGUCGGAUACAUCCCAGCGGAAAACAUCGAGACCCCUUUCGAACGUCUUGCGAGACUCAACAAACAUCGUAAUGUCGACCUAGCCGCUCCGACUCAACAAGAAAAGCAAGCGACUAGGGUGGAAGGUUUAGAACGACUCAAAGGAGCCAUCGCGGACAAAGCCAAAGGUGUUAGACAAGAGAAAUCUGGCGAAUCACCAGAGGUCGAGUCAGGAUCUAGAAGAGUGGUGUUUGCUCCGCCUACCUAUGUCGAUCAUCCCGGUGUGACCUGGAGUACCGAUGGUGAAGAUGACGAUAGUGAAGGUGAAGAUGAAGAUGAUCUUGAGGAUGUCGAAAGAAGUCAGGACGAUAUACAUCCUGAAGGAGAUGAAAUGCAAAGUGAACGUGAACGUGAAGUCGAUGCGGUGGAAGAAUCACUUAGAAGAAGAAGGGAAAUGGAUAUGGAACCGGACGAUGGGGUUGAAUGGGCCGAUGGAGCAGGUGAAGCUGAACAGAGAAGGAUCUUGGAUCAAAAACGUCAACAGCAAGAUCAAACUUCACCCAAUAAAAACGUGGCUCGCUCUCCAGCCUCGUCGACAAACUCAGUCACUCCAAAAUCCAACAACCCCUUCGGUCCUCGUCAGACCCCAGGUGGCAUCGCAGAAACUUCAUUUCCUUCUUCCUCGUCUCUCACUUCGUCGGCGAAUGGAAGUCCUAUACUUGAUCCAGCUCAAGCUGGUGAAACUCGUCGACUCACCGUCACGCCUCAAGUCGCACAAGCGUCACCAGGAGGACCCUUGCUGCCCAGCGCGGCAGUACAAGUCAAUAACAAUGUUCGUAAUGUCAGUGGACAAUCAAUGGGUUCUGUCAUGUCUAUCGUCUCGGUCGGAUCG